UUCCUCCUGAGUCCGAAGAAGAGGUGUUGGCGAGUGGAUGAGUGGGAUCCACAUGCAGCUAUGGAUUACAUAACGAGUGAAGUUGCGACGUUCCAUUCUUGAGUUGAUACAUACAGCAUGUCAUUGUUAAACGGAAGAGAAUGCCAACUAAGUAGAAGAAGAUGAGUGGCUAUGUGUAUCUCAAACUCUCACCAACAUCACCAUCACCAUCACCUCCUCCGCCUCUCUCAAGACCUCAUCUUCUUCCCAUUCCCACCACCACCACCACCACCUUCCUCCGCAACACGCUCCUCGGCGCCGCCCUCUCCUUCGGCCUCAUCUUCUCCCUCCCCUCCGUCUCUGCUCUCCAAACAUGUCGCCAGCUAGACCCUCUGCAACACGAGGUCGUCACCAACCAAGGCCUCGUCGAGGAAGCGUGGCAGAUUGUCAACGACACCUUUCUCCACACCGGUCGCCACCGCUGGUCCCUCGAUUCUUGGCAACUCAAGAGGGAAGCUAUUUUGAGCAACUCCAUUCAGACCAGAUCAAAGGCGCACCAAAUCAUCAAGCGAAUGCUCGCCAGUUUGGGUGAUCCUUAUUCACGCUUUCUCUCCCCUGAUGAGUUCUCCAAGAUGGCGAGGUAUGACAUGACUGGUGUUGGAAUAAACCUCAAGGAAGUUCCGGAUGAAAAUGGAGAACUUAGACUGGAGGUACUGGGAAUUAUAUUGGAUGGUCCUGCUCAUUCUGCUGGUGUUAGACAGGGGGAUGAAAUAUUGGCUGUCAAUAACAUGGAGGUAAAGGGAAAAUCAGCAUUUGAAGUAUCAUCCCUGUUGCAAGGUCCUAAUGGAACAUCUGUGACUAUUCAGGUCAAGCAUGGGAACUGUGGACCUGUUGAAUCAAUAGAAGUCCAGCGGCAACUUGUUGCUCGUACACCAGUCUUUUAUCGGCUGGAACAAUUGGAUGGUGUUACUCCUGUGGGGUAUAUACGCCUCAAAGAGUUCAAUGCAUUGGCCAGAAAAGAUUUAGUCAUUGCAAUGAAGCGACUUCAAGACAUGGGUGCCUCAUAUUUCAUAUUGGAUCUCAGAGACAAUCUUGGGGGGCUAGUACAGGCCGGAAUUGAAAUUGCAAAGCUUUUCCUAAAUGAAGGAGACACGGUUAUCUACACUGUUGGAAGAGAUCCUCAGUUACAGAAAGCUAUUGUUACAGAUACUUCACCAAUGAUUCAAGCUCCUGUUGUUAUUUUAGUAAAUGACAAAACUGCUAGUGCAAGUGAAAUAGUUGCUUCCGCACUUCAUGAUAAUUGUAGAGCCGUUCUUGUUGGAAAACGCACAUACGGCAAGGGUCUAAUCCAAUCUGUAUUUGAGCUUGACGAUGGAUCUGGUGUGGUUAUCACUGUUGGGAAGUAUGUAACACCAAAUCACAAGGACAUAAACGGCAAUGGAAUAGAGCCUGACUUCCAGAAACUUCCAGCAUGGGAUGAUAUCAGCCAACAUCUUAAAAAAUGCAGUAUGCCUCAACAAGGAUAAAGCAGUUUCUUUGGUAUUCCAAUGCAAUCUUUUGCUUUGGCCUUAUCAUUUAAUUUGAAACUUUUGAAGAAUCUCCUCGAUGAAUGCUGCCAUGUAUAUCUAUCUCAAGAAUUUCUGGUUAAUAUAGAUAUAUAUGCCUGAACCUGCCUAGCCUUCUUGGCUAUAAUGGCAUUUAAUUUAAACAUACAUUGGCUAAUUGGCUUAACAUCCAAGAUUUGUGAGCAAGGAUUGGCUUAGAACAUUUGUAACUGUUCCAUUCAAGAUGAAGUGGAUAUGACAUGAGAAAGAAAUGACCCUAGGAAGCAUGCAAGAGUUUGUAUUCAAGCAGCCAGUGCAGAACUACGGUGACUUGGGUUUAAUACCUACUAACAUAUAGAAGCUUUGCUAUACAUUUUUAUAAACCUUUUGAUACUAUCUUCCCUUUUAUACCUUGCACCCCGCAAAUAUUAAUUUGUAUCAGACCUAUUAUUUGAUUGUCCGAAUGCAUGGAAAUUGGCACUUUAUUUGUAAAUAACUCAUAACCAUAUUAACAGUGACGAAAAUGGAAAUUGAGGAUUAUUACAA